AUGGUAGCGCCAUUAAUGAAAUCGUUCUUUCUCAAAGGGGUUCUUCCCCUAACCCUUCUGUUUGGAGCAUUUUUGCGACCAUGUUUCAUCUCUAUUGGCUAUAUUAUCUUUGCCAUAGUAGCUCCUUUACUCCCUGCUAUCAAAAACACGCAACCGUUGCCAGGCUCUAUUCGAUCUUAUACGAUAUUUGUCUUCGUUUACGUGCUCUUGAGUAGCAUUGGGCAAAUAUCAUAUCAAAUCUAUGAAGCUGUGAAUAGAGAGUCUGAUCAAGAUUACAUACAUAGCUGCAAUCAAACAGAUGUUAAAUGGCUCAAAUACACCGGUUUCAUUAGAUUCCAUGGCGGACAAGGUUUCAAUUCAACUAGAACCAUCUUGCCUGAAAUUGUAGCCGCAGUUGCAUCUGUUCUGACACUGCUGGUGGUCAACUUAUUUUCCCAUGCUACACCUUUAGAAGAUAUUGAUGAUUCACUACCUAUUCAACCUGUCCGGGCUGGCCCUCAGGAACCUUCAAAUCCUAUUCGGAGUGGUUUCCUGACAGGAUUUAAACGUUUAUCGAAUCUGACCAUAUUUGUGUUAGCGGCACUUGUUGGAUGUGUACAGCCAUCGAUUCUGAAUAGUGUGUACUUCCUGGCCUUCCUUCUUGUCGCAACGUGGUGGGCAAUUUACAAACCCCUCAGGCAUCAAUGUUACAAUAAAGUCAAAGGAGGUCUGCUUUUAUAUGCAGCAGUUCAUAUUUUACUAAUCUAUACGUAUCAAAUACCUUUGAUACAAGAAUGGAUACCCGCCGGCAGCUUCACCGCUAGAUUAAUUGGACUUUCGCCAAUUCUUCAAACAAGUUGUGACUAUUUUUGGACGUUCUGGUUCAACAACAGUUUGAAAUGGCCUGCUUUAGCAAAUCCUUUCAUAUUAUUGGUUUUCUAUCAUUUCCUACUUCUGCAACUGUCUUGGACGAAAAAUGGAAGUCGUGCCUAUUUCAAUGAAGAGCCGGCUGGUUCUUCUGUGCACGAAGAGCUCCUGGCUUCGGAUGAUGAACAAACGGGUGACAGUUCAAUUCCUUUACGGAAAGUUACAUCUCAAGUUGUGGAUCGGCACAAAAUUUCUCAAAUUGUGCAGGGUGAGAGAGCUGUUGCUGGAGGAGAAUCUUUCGCAGCGGAUUCUCUUGUUUCAGUAUUCUUCUUUGUUCUUUACCAUGCCUACGUUUUCCCGUUAUUCACGAUCAUGACUUGGGCUUUAUUGUACCAUUCCAUCUUCGGAUUAGUACUGUUAUGUUUGGGAUGUGUCCUUUGGAUGUUCAAAGAUACAAGGAAGUCUUGCUUCAAGAUUGCUGCACCCUUACUUACAUAUGUUGAGUUUUUACUAAUUGUUCAAUAUGUUUGUUCAAUGGAUCUCGUUGAAUUGGAAGAAGUUCUCACGGAUGUUCUGCAAAUGAUCGGUUUCAUCAAAGCACCUGAUAUGGAUGCUGCAUUCGUCAUGUUAGCAGUUAAGCUUCUACUGAGUUUGCCCGUUUUCCUUUUACUUCGUCUCAGUUGUCGCGAGAGAUUCUACGAGUCACUAUCAGAGCACGAAAGAAGUCAACGUGUUCAAUCAUACGGCACAUUUAGUCGACCAACUCCUUUGAACGGGGAUAUUUUCCCAGAUCCGGCACAUGAAAGAAGAAAGUCUACUUCUGUAUUCCUUUUCUUGACCAAGUUUUUCACUGUUUACUGGAUUUUUGUUGUUGCAUUCGUUCUUCUUCUUGUGGGACUACAGAGCAAUCCUUGCCUCUACACCAUCGGCUUUUUCUUAACUUGGUGUUGUUUCGUGUUAUACUCUAAAGUUUCACUUCCAUUCUUCCGUCUAAUUUCUUACGUGCUAUAUCUUUUCGCUAUAAUCUAUACGUCGACUGUUAUCAUCACUUUAUACAUCUACCAAUUUCCCGGGUUCCCAGAAGUUUGGAUCAAGUGGACAGGAAUAUCUAAGGAGUGGAAUGACGAUAUUGGUCUUAUAAAUUAUAAAGAAGCUGGAGACUCGAAUGAAAUUAUAACUCGUCUUUUCUGGCCACUUACAUUCUUCGCUGUCGCUAUGUUGCAACUAAAGUUUUUCCAUGAGCCAUGGCUUCAAAUGGUCAACGCUGUUAGGGGUAAUAAUACUGAGGAGAACAACCAAGAAAAUGAUGGACAAGCUACUGUUACAUCCAAAGUAGCUCAAUGGAUGAACGAAACUAUGGAAUUUGUUUGGCGUUUAACAGAAGUUCAUAUUUCUAGAAUAGUUUUUAUUAUUAUAGCUGUUUUUGUAGCAAAAAAUAUAUGUGCCUUAUACUUACCUCUGGCAAUUCUCAUAAGCAUUGGCUUAUGCUUGCCUCAAGUAGCAACGAACAUAGUCAGUCUGAUAAUGUGUGCUUAUCUAUGCGUUAUAGCUUUGUUUAAAAUGGUCUACCAGCUUAAACAUGUGCCUGACUUGGAGACUUUAAUAACAUCCGAAUGCAAUUCGACGCAAAAGUUUUCUACCUGGUUCGGUGUGGAGAAGAAUGACAACACUUGGAAUCUUCUCAACGGAUUGAUUGUUGCCAUAAUUGCUCUUGUAACUCAGUCAGUUGUUGUAUAUCGUCAAAGAUAUAGUAGAGCUGUUAGAGGGGAACCAGAAGAUCGCAAGAAAAAAGUUUUCCCAGGAUUCGAUAUGGCUACCUUCGAUCACAGCAUCGUUCAUGGUCUGAAGUUCUUGAUCGACCAUGGUUUUUACAAGUUUGGCUAUGAGAUCACUAUUGCUAUGAUGGCUAUUAACGCAUGGGUUCGUAUGGACAUGUUUGGUGGAGUUUUAUGUAUAUGGAUUGUGGCAUUCGUCGGAAGCAAACGAGCUGUAUGCCGCAGAAUAUGGCCACUUUUUGUUCUUUAUAUGGCCAUCGUACUGCCUCUGCAAUAUGCCCUUUACGUCGGUUUACCUGAAGUUAGUUGCAUUGAAUAUCCUUGGGCAAAGUUCUUCUCGGGUGGUGACUACUCAUCUGCAAAGAACACUAACUUCGAUAUUUGGAUGGGAUUGUCAAACUUUUCCGUUCAUUGGCCGUCUAGUAACUUCGUUGCGGACUUCUUCCUUCUUUUGUUUGCCUCUUGUCAGAUGGCUGUUUUCCGUUGUGAGGGAACCGACAACGAUUCUAUCUAUCCUGAUGAUCAGUAUUAUCUGCGUAGUGAAAAUCCCCACUCCGAUUUCCUGACUACUCAAAGGAGUUUUGUCGAUUUUGUGAAAAUCCUCGUGUUCCAUUAUGGUCAUUGGAUAACACUUAUAUCAACUCUGGUCGCUGGUAUUGGGGGAACAUCACUGUUUGCACUUGGAUAUAUUGUUAUCACACUAUGGAUUCUAUGGCAAGGCAACAAUCUCUAUGUCAUGAAUCCUGGAACAAACAACUUCAAGGAUACAUUGGCUCGAUGGAAAAUUCUUCUCUUCUACACGGUCUUCACUAUGUUCUUCAAAGUUGGCCUACAGAUCUUUGGUUGUGUCUUCCUUGAAUGGUUCGUGAAUGAUUAUAGAUGCUGGAUUCGUCAGAUAUUCAGUAUCUCCUGUGUCAAUCCUAUAAUAGAAAGUCGAGGAAUGGAAGCGAACUUGUUCGAUGACCAAGAUACUUUCUUAAAGACCUGUCCGGUCAAUCAACAGGAAGCACAAAUGGGAUUCGAUGCUAUUGCUUUGACUUUCUUGGUUUUCCAAUUGAGAGUAUUCCAUUCGUGGUUCUUCCAACAUUGUAUGGUUGAGUAUCGCUCAGAAAUCAUCUUGGCGAAUAGGUACAAUGAGUCAGAUAAUUCUGCAGGAGCAGUACUGAAGAACCAACUUAUUGAAAAAGAGAUGAAAGAGCAGAAUGUACAACAAGUUAAGAAGUUCAAGGAGAUCCAAGAAAGAACCCAGGCUAUCCGUGAAAGAUACAAUAAGCAGUUGGCCAUUGGCUCUUCCGUUUUCGAGCCACAGACAUAUGGGCAAGCGAAACGUGCUGGUGAUUACUACAUGUUCGAUUAUGAUCCACAUGCUGAUGAACUUGUCCAACCUGUUGAGAGUUUCGUUCCUGAGACCGAUCCAGCUGCCACCCAGUUUGAUAAAUUAGAUCUUAGCCAGUUGGUUUACACAGCAACUAGUCACAACAUGGAUAUCGGAAAAACUAUGGAGAAAGUUAAUGAAGCCGAAAAAGUGAAAGAUCCGGAAGAGAGAAUGAUUGAAGCAAUUAGCGCUGAGAGACCUGAAGAACUAAAUGAAACAGCUGAGAAGUCGUCGGCCUUCCACUUUAUCAAGAAGCUUGUUACUAAUACCUGUGAUAUGAUCAGUGUAUGGUUGAACAAAAUGUCCAGGGAACACAGAUAUGUCGCUUUCGUCCUUUAUAAAGAAAAGGAGAAGCUGAAAGACAGUUAUCAACAAUCACUCUCUGAUACAUCUCUUGGUUUGAAAGAUCUGAGAGAUCGAAUGGAUAUGCCUAGUCUUCACGUAGUUCAUAGUGAAGGUGACAUCGAUAAAAUGGAAUCUGAAGCUCUUAACAGUUGGCAACAGCGUUCCGCUGCCGCCAGGUUACUAACAGCUAUUGGAAACUGUAUACUGGCUAAUACCGAUAUAAUAUGCUACUUCCUGGCAGUUCUUGCUCACGCUAUGGGAGCGGGAUUAAUCACUCUACCUUUGCCUCUGAUGGUGUUCCUUUGGGGAACUCUCUCUAAUCCUCGUCCAAGCAAGUUCUUCUGGGUAACAAUGAUCGCCUAUACGGAGUUUGUGAUUUUGGUCAAAUUUAUUUGUCAAUUCACGUUCUUCGAGUUCAAUCAGCAAUCUAAUGCCAACAAGAAUAUCGUUGCUCCAUUGACUUUGCCAAAAGCUUUCGGUAUCCAAAGACAAGAUGGAUUUGCUAUGUUCGAUGUGCCACUCCUCUUCGCAUUGUUCUUCCACAGAUCUCUGCUUCGCAAAUUUGGAUUAUGGAAAGAUGCCAACCUUACGGUUACUUUCAAUGACACUAUUCAAGACAGCACUAUCGAGACAUUGAAUGAAGUAUCUACAUCUUCGCUGCCUACUGAUGGACCAUCCACUUCCUCCGAUAUGACAGCAGAAGUAGUCGUGGCUGAAGAACGCCAAACUGAAGAAAAGAAAAAUCCUAUUGUUCGUUUCAUAUCACAGCUGUUCCAUCCAAAGUUCCGAUACAUCAGAGACUUGUACCCAAUUAUGUUUGGCUUGGAUGUUAUUGCUUUCUUGAUUAUCGGACUGGGCUAUUCAGGUUUCGGUGAAGGUGGCUCCGGAAACGUCAUCGGUGAUAUCCAGAAAAGUCGCAUCCCUCUCACAUUGGUGAUCAUGCUCAUCAUUAUGACACUCAUGAUUGUUGUUGAUCGAGGAUUGUAUUUGCGAAAAUGGGUACAUGGAAAACUAGCUUACCAACUUGUUAUCAUCGUAUUCAUCCACACUUGGAUUUUCUUCGUUCUACCUCUGAUCACUAAGCGGGCAGCUGCUGACAAUGGAGUUGCUAAAUUCUUAUAUGUCGUCAAAUGCUUAUACCUUCUGGUGUCUGCCUGGCAGAUUCGAAAUGGUUACCCACAGUUGUGCAUAGGAAAUCUCUUGACUCACGCUUAUGGUCUCGCUAACAUGGUUUUCUUCAAAAUAUUCAUGUCCGUUCCAUUCUUGUUCGAGCUGAGAACAGCUAUUGACUGGACAUGGACUGAUACAUCUAUGCCAUUGUUCGAUUUCUUCAAUAUGGAAAACUUCUAUGCUCUGAUCUAUAACUUGAAAUGUGCUAGGACUUUCGAAGCGAACUAUCCCGCUCCACGUGGACAGCCUAAGGGUGUCAUCGUGAAGUAUUUCAUGGGUUUGCCCAUGAUCCUUCUCAUAGUGUUCCUUGUUUGGGCUCCAUUACUAAUAUUCUCUCUGCUCAAUCAAAUUGGAGACAUAUCUAUUCCUGAUCGUGUCAAAAUGUCUAUGUCUUUGGAAGGAUAUCCGCCGCUAUAUCAAAUUGAAGCUCAAGGAGUUGAACUGAGACCUUUCCUACCCGAAGAGCAUCAACGCUUGACUGAUAUUAUGAGCAUUAGAUUCAACCCGCUUAAUUCCGAUUCUCUCAAACGAUCAAGAAACAGUGUAGCAUUCUUGAAAGAUUAUUCUGAAGGAGAUAUUCUCGUAGUCGAAUUCCGUCCUGAAUCAGAAGUCACAUGGCCUAUUUCCGUGGAAUCCCUCAAAGCUUUAAAAAGCCAACUAGAGUCGAACUCAUCAAUUGAGUUCCAAUUAUCUGUUGAGUUCUCGAGACCGUAUGACGCUGCUAAGAAAUUAUCUGAGAAACAUUCAACUCAAUAUAAUAUCAAGAUUAGUAAAGAUCCUGCUGAGAGGAAGAAAAUCAGAGAUGCCCUAGACGGUGGAGGAAUUAUUUCUUUGCCGACAUCUUUCCCUAGUUACUUGUUGGUUCCUAACGAAGGACAAGUAUCGGUACCUGAGCCGUUGGUCGCUUCUAUUCUAUAUGAUCAAUCUCCAUUCAACACUACAAGUGCAAAUGUUAAUAAGACAGCUUGGUUUGAUACUCUUACGUUGUUCAUUGACAAUUCCACUGUCGGGCCAUCUGUCUGGGUAGCACAAGCCACUCACCCAACACAGUUCGAUCAACAGGUCUUCUUCAAUGCAUCAGAUAUUCCAUAUGGAACGGGACGUAAAUAUCUUCAAACAGUUGCUUUCAUUGACAGAGCUUAUCCAUCGUUCUUUGCGAAGUAUCUGCAGGGAGGAAUUAUAACGAUGUACGCUACGUUGAUUAUCUUGGCUGGCCGAGUUAUUCGUGGACUGUUCACAAGCUCACCGAUGGAAGUUAUGAUUUCUGAAAUUCCAAAUCCAGACUAUUUGCUCAAAAUUUGUUUGGAUAUCUAUUUGGUUCGCGAGGCGAAAGACUUCUUCUUGGAACAAGAUUUGUUCGCCAAGCUGAUAUUCUUAUUCCGAUCUCCUGCAACUCUGAUACAAUGGACAAGAUACAAAGUGAAAAACGAUUAA